AUGGACCAGCAACCGACGACUACGUCCUACGAGAUCCAUCCUGCGCCGACCGUCAAGCAUGUCACGGCCGACGGCGUGGAGCUCAACACCAACAACACCAACAACCUCGUUCUCGGGGAGUGGACGGUUGGGAUCUUUGGCUGCUUUACGGACGUCAUUCCCAAUUGCUGCAUGGCGUUCUGGUGCCCGUGCGUCUCGCUCGCUCAGAUCGUACACCGCAUCGGUCUCGGCGCGUACACGACGGGCCUCUUCGCGUUUGGCCUUGCCUACCUCGUGGUGUACAUCACGGCGGGCGUCUCGGGGCGGUACCCCUUCUCGGGGGUCGCCUCGGGCUGUGCUGCCGUGGCGUGUGGCCUCUCUGUCAUGAUUGUGCGCAUCAACGUCCGCACCAAGCUCC